UUGAAUUCUGGUCAGAAAUUGAUUCAGCUACAGCAGACACCAGACAGUAGUCCUUCUUCCAAAAACCCAUCUGAAACUGAACAAAAGCCUGGAACCCAACUCCACUCUCUCCCUUCCAAACCUCCAGUUCUAGGGAUUCGAGGCCCCCACUCUAAAGAUCUCUCUCCCUAUAUAUAUAUAUAUGUCUGUAUUUUAUAUAUAUAUAUAUAUGCGUUAAUUAAGGAGUGGAGGAGGGGGCUUAGGAUUUGAGAUUUGUGUGUACUGAGAAGGAACAGAUCAUGUGGCGGCUGGUAGUCUAUAUGUACCAGGCAUAGGAUGAUGAUCCCUUUCAGCUUAUGGCCCAGCAUCGGUACUUCUUUAUAUAUAUAAUUAUAUAUAUAUAUGUUCAUGUAUUGUAAGUUUUUUUUUUCUUUUUUACCUGGGCAGGGUAUGAAAUAAUUGAGGCAAGGCUUGGGUUCUAGGAAAUCUAUUUUGGAUGUAUUUAUAUCAUGGUCCAUUGACCCACGAGAGAGAGAGAGAGAGAGAGAGAGAAGAGGGAGUAUGAGAGGAAGAUGAACAUGGAGUUGAAGGUCAUGAUCAUCAAACAUAAUAUUUUUGAUCGUCUAACUAUUUCUGAGGAGAUAUCUGAUCUUGGUCCCGAGGUUCAUGGCAAAGCAUGUCGUGUUGGUUUAUUAAGAGAACUCGUCGUCUGAUAAAAAGUAUCUGCUGGCCCAUCUCUCCACCGAUCCUCCGCCGCCGCUCGGCGCUACCCAGCACACUCUCUCAUCUCAAAAACUCCCCUCAAUCCACAGACUUACAGUCUCCAGUACUCCUUCCUAAUCCAAUUGGUAUACGUUAAUCUUCAGUGGAAGAAUCAAGGUGUGAAAGGCGAGAAGAAAUUUAAUUAAGAAGAAAUAGAGUUCUAAUUUGAUGUGUAUGGCUCAUCAAGGUGGUGAAGAGAAGCACAUGAACCUGGCCUCGUCUGCAGGCUAUUGCUAUUCCGAUGUUUCAUCUCACAUGGCGAAUCAUCAUUUGCAGAGCUUUGAAUCCAACCCAGAGAUCUACAACCUCACCACCGGCAUGGAGAUAAUAGGGUUUCCACCCAAAAGCCUCCACCAACAGACCCUCUUCGCCAAAGCCGGCGCCGGCGCCGGAAACCACGAUCCCGGCGGCGGUCCGCCGUCCUCUUCCAAGACGAUCAAUGAGUCCACUGGCGAGUUUUACGGCAUGUCGGAUACAGCUGAAGCCCUGAUGGUUGCUCCGGAUCAAUCAGCUGUCGCAGCUUGGCAGGAUCAAAACAGAUUGCUUGCUUAUGAUUCAUCUAUGAGAUGUGUGUUUCCCUGUGAGGGAAACGAAAGGCCAAGCCAAGGCCUUUCGCUCUCUCUCAGUUCAACCAAUCCUUCCACCAUUAGGGUACAGUCCUUUGAGCUGAGGCAACAAGAUAAUAAUAUCAGACCAGAUGGGUUCUUCGGAAAGUCCAUGAACAUUCAACAACAAAUGAUUCAGCAAGAUCAUGGGUUUUUUGGAAAAGCUUCAAAUGUUCAUCAUCUUGGCCACUUUCAGAUCAGGAACUCCAAGUACCUGGGCCCUGCCCAGGAGCUUCUGAAUGAGUUCUGUAACCUCGGAACAAAGCAAACAGAUCCGAAGCUCAAGAUAAAGCCCCAAAAGACCCAAUACUGGCAGGAUGAGAACGCUAGUAGUUCUUCAAAAAAGCAAUCUUUGUACAGCCUUGACCUCCUGGAGCUCCAGAAACGAAAGACGAAGCUUCUUUCAAUGCUCGAAGAGUUGGAUAGAAGAUACAGGCACUACUGCGAUCAGAUGAAGGCGGUGGUUUCUUCCUUCGAGGCGGUGGCAGGCAGCGGCGCCGCCACCGUGUACUCGGCGCUGGCGUCUAAGGCUAUGUCAAGGCACUUCAGGUGCCUGAGAGAUGGGAUUGUGAACCAAAUCAAAGCCGCCAAGAAGGCCAUGGGAGAGAAAGACACAGUUGCACCGGGCACGACUAAGGGCGAGACCCCAAGGCUUAGGCUAUUGGAUCAAACUCUGAGGCAGCAAAAGGCCUUCCAGCAGAUGAACCUGAUGGAGAGUCAUCCUUGGCGGCCGCAGCGCGGCCUGCCGGAGCGCUCGGUUUCGCUGCUCCGGGCAUGGCUGUUCGAGCAUUUCCUCCACCCGUACCCAAGUGAUGUAGAUAAGCACAUCUUAGCCCGCCAAACAGGCCUUUCAAGAAGCCAGGUGUCCAAUUGGUUCAUCAAUGCAAGAGUGAGGCUGUGGAAGCCCAUGGUGGAAGAGAUGUACAUGGAAGAAACCAAGGAGCAAGACAAUGCAGCAGCCUCCAGUGACGACAACGGCGUCCGGCCCCGCCCCGAAGAUCACAAACCGACGGCGGCCCAGCUGGGGCGGAUAGAGUCAGAGUGCCUCUCUUCCAUAAUCAACAACCCAUCUGAGAAAAACGACGGCAAACACAGCAAAGCCCCUCAUGAUCAUAGCUUUGGUAGGGUUGCAGCAGACACAUUCAGCGCCGUGGAACUGGACUUCUCUUCAUACAACCACCACGCCACGGCCCCCGGCGGCAGCAGCGGCGGCGGCGUGUCCUUGACGCUGGGGCUGCAGCAGCACGGUGGGAAUGGGGUGAGCUUAGCAUUCUCUCCUGUCUCACAGGGCUCCCUCUUCUACCCUAGGGAACACAUUGAAGAUUGCCAGCAAGUUCAAUACUCCCUUUUGGAUGGUGAAGCUCCGAACUUGCCUUAUAGGAACUUGAUGGGUGCACAGUUGCUUCAUGACUUGGCUGGAUAAGCAAAUUAAAUUGGUGAAGAAAUUGAAGGUUUUCAAUUAAUUACUGAUGAUGGUUUAAUUAUAUAUGAAAUAGACUUGAUACAUAUAUAGAUGAUGAAACCAUAUAUAUUUAUAUGGUAGGUAAUAUAUUACUUAGAUUUUAUGGGAUUCCAUAUAUACAAUGAAAUCAAAGUUACUUCCA